AUGGUCGUGAUUCGGGGUGCCCUUGUUGGCGCCGUGCUCUGGUCCCUUUCGGCCGUCAGCCAUGGCCUUACCACAUCGUCGCCUUGGAUAAUCAAGGACUUCCGAGAAAAGGCAGCAGCUGCCGAGCGGGGCGGCAUUGAAGCCCGGGACGUCGACCCGGGGCUUCUAUACCCGGUCCGCACGCUGCAGGUGCCCGUCGACCACUUCCACAAUGACUCGCGCUACAAGCCGCAUUCGGACGCCACCUUCGCCUUGCGCUACUGGUUCGACGCCAGCCACUAUAAGAAGGGCGGCCCCGUCAUCGUGCUGCAGGGUGGAGAGACCGACGGCGCCGGCCGCCUCCCGUUUCUACAGAAGGGCAUCGUCGCCCAGCUGGCCCAGGCCACGGGUGGAUUGGGCGUGAUCCUCGAGCACCGCUACUACGGCGAGAGCUUCCCCGUGCCCGACCUCAGCACCGCGAACCUGCGCUUCCUGACCACGGACCAGGCCCUCGCCGACAUGGCCUACUUUGCCCGCCACGUCGUCUUCCCCGGGCUCGAGCACCUCAACCUGACGGCCCCCAAGACGCCCUACAUCGCCUACGGGGGCUCGUACGCCGGCGCCUUCGUGGCGUUUCUGCGCAAGCUCUACCCCGACGUGUACUGGGGCGCCGUCUCGUCGUCGGGCGUCACUGAGGCCGUCUACGACUACUGGGAGUACUACGAGGCGGCGCGGCUGUUCGGGCCGCCGGCCUGCGUCGCGGCCACGCAGAAGCUGACGGAUGUCAUCGACAAGCUCGCGCUCGGCAAGCCGCGCGACACGGACGACGGAGUCGUGCAGCGGCUCAAGGAGGCGUUUGGGCUCGGCAACGUCACGCGCACCGACGACUUUGCCAACGCCCUCAGCUUCGGCAUUGCCGGCCUGCAGAGCACGAACUGGGAUCCCACGCAGAGCGACCCGAGCUUCGGCCUGUACUGCGCCAACGUGAGCUCCACCGCCGAGCUCUAUCCGGACGCGCCGGCGGGGCUCGAGGCCGAGGUCAGGGACCUCAUCUCAACCGCGGGCGGCUACGGCGGCGAGCUGGACACGCUCACGGCCCAGAUGCUGAACUACAUUGGCUACGUCAACGCGACCAUGGUGGGCGGGUGCCGUUCGGCAGACCAGGACAUCUGCUUUACAAACUUCAACGCCACAUUUUACCGCCAGGACGACAUCAAGCAGACGUGGCGGGCCUGGCCGUAUCAGUUCUGCACAGAAUGGGGAUACCUACAGACGGGCUCAGGCGUACCAGCGACCCAGCUGCCUCUGAUCUCGCGACUGAUCGACCUGAACUACACAUCGGCCAUCUGCCGGCUGGCAUUCGACAUCUCGACGCCGUCGGACGUGGCGAGCAUUAACAAGCACGGCGGGUUCGGCAUCAGCUACCCGCGGCUGGCUAUCAUCGACGGCGAGAAGGACCCGUGGCGGGCGGCGACGCCGCACGCGCUGGGGCUGCCGCCGCGGCCCAGCACCGCGUCGCAGCCGUUUCUGCUCAUCGCCGACGGCGUCCACCACUGGGACGAGAACGGCCUGUUCCCCAACCAGACCGUGCCGGGCGUGCUGCCGCCCGAGCCCGUCGCCCAGGCCCAGGCCACCGAGGCCGUCUUCGUCAAGCAGUGGAUGCGCGAGUGGACCAAGACGCGAUGUAAUGACAAGCGGACAUGUCGCGGGUGA